AUGGGAGCGCGGCGCGCGCCGGGUGGGCGGGGAUUCCUGAGGCACGGACCAAUGGGAGCGCGGCGCACGCGCGCGGCGGCCAAUGGGAGAGCGGGGGGGGAAAUUCGAAGAAGCGGCGGCGACAGCGACGGGCGGCGGAUUUUGGGAAGGGUCUCAAUUUUUGGGGUUCCCUCCCCCAGGCACCCCAACGUUCUCAGACUCUACAAUUAUUUCCACGACCGGCGCCGCGUUUUCCUCAUCCUGGAGUUCGCACCUCGGGGGGAGCUCUACAAGGAACUGCAGCGCUGCCGGCGCCUGGACGCCACCAGAACGGCCACGGUUGACCUGCACUUCCCCCCGCACAUCCCAGAGGGCGCUCGCGAUCUGAUCCAGCGGCUGCUGCAGCGCGCGCCGGCGCAGCGGCUGCACCUGCGGGGGGUGCUGGGACACCCCUGGGUGCGGGAACAUUCCAGAAGGGUCCUCCCACCUGGGCGCCGCACCCUGUGUGGAACCCUGGAUUACCUGCCCCCCGAGAUGGUGGAGGGCGGCGGCCAUGAUGAGAAGGUGGACCUGUGGUGCCUGGGGGUGCUGUGCUAUGAGCUGCUGGCAGGGCACCCCCCCUUCGAGAGCCCCUCAGCUGCCGAUACCUACAGGAGGAUCACACAGGUGAGCUCACCUGGGCACACCUGA